AUGAAUUUUAAACUUUUACCUCUUUUAGCCUUGUCCGCUUUAGGUACAUUUUUAAACCCUCCAGAGUGCUCCCCUCAAUGCUCUUGGAAAUGCAACGAUCCAGUGUGCCCAGCUCUGUGUGAUCCUGUAUGUGCUCCAGCAGAGUGUCAUACAACUUGUGAAGAACCUUCAGGUGCCUUAUGUGAAGUCAAGUGUGAGCAGCCACAAUGUGAAAUAAAAUGCCCAGGAAGCUCUUGCAGUGAUGAAGGAUGCCCAGAAUGUCAAGCUGUUUGUUCAGCACCUCAUUGCAUUACUAUCUGCCAACCUCCUGCACCUAAAUGCCAAAUUAUUUGUCAAGAGCCUACAUGUGAUUGGAAAUGCUAUAAGCCAGCAGAUUGUCCUAAGCCACAAUGAAUUUAUAAUUUUUUUCCUAAAAAUUUAUAAAGAAUUAUUUUUUUAAAAAAAAUAAAAAUCCCCACAAUGUGAACUUUUAUGUGAAAAUCCUCAAUGCAAGCCUGAUAUUUCUUGUUGCCCAUGCCAAGGUAGUGAUGUUUUACUUCAUGCAGUUACACUAUUUAAAGAUGAUGAACCCAACCCAGGAUGCUGUGAAUGUUAA